AUGAAUAACUCGAUUACUAUACCACUUUUUAACACUCCAAUCAACAGCUGGAAUACAGAUUAUCGAACUAUUACUUAUGGUAAUUAUGGUUAUGGAUUUUAUUCACAAGAUGUUGAAUUAUAUCGUAAUCCAUACUCAGGACGUCUGAAUGUUGAACGUGAAGUUGAUUUUAUUCCAAUAGGUAAUCAGUAUUAUCAACCUAUCACUGAUAUUCCUGCUUCUAUUCAUCAACAUUAUAUUAAUUAA